ACAAGCCUACUCGCCCCUGCCUGCCUUGGGGUGGUGUGUAGCUGAGGCAGCUUGAGCCAUGAAGAACUUCAGCAUUGCCAUCCUUUUCUGGGCUGUGGCAGCCUGGGCAGCAGCGGUGACAAUUCCUGGGGAGACAGACAGAGCUGGAUUUCAGAAAUGCAAGGAAGCCCUGAAGCUCCCUGUCCUUGAAGUCCUGCCCGGAGGAGGCUGGGAUAACCUGCGGAAUGUGGACAUGGGAAGGGUGAUGAAUUUGACCUAUGCCAACUGCAGGACCACAGAGGAUGGGCAAUACAUCAUUCCAGAUGAAAUCUUCACCAUUGCUCAAAAACAGAGCAACUUGGAGCUGAACUCAGAAAUCUUGGAAUCCUGGAAAAAUUACCACAGCAGUAAUUCCUACUCCAUCAAUGCGGAGCUCUCUCUUUUUUCCAAAAUCAAUGGCAAGUUCUCUUCUGAGUUCCAGAGGGUGAAGACGCUCCAGGUGAAGGAUCAAGCUAUAACCACCCGAGUUCAGGUCAGAAACCUGGUCUACACAGCCAAAAUCAACCCAGACUCAGGACUGAGCAGGGCCUUCAGGAAGGAACUCACAGACAUCGCUGACCGCCUGGAGAACAACCAGACGAGAAUGGCCACCUACCUGGCAGAACUCUUGGUCCUUAACUAUGGCACCCACGUUAUCACCAGUGUGGAUGCCGGGGCUGCGCUCAUCCAGGAGGACCACAUAAUGUCCUCCUUCUUUGAGGACAGUCGGAACAACCGGGUCUCCCUGACCGCAUCUGCUGGAGCUGCUUUCCUCAACACUGUGAACUUCAAAUUUGAGGAGAACUACACUUCCCAGAGUGGCUUCACCAAGAGCUACCUCUCCAACAGAACCAACUCGAGGGUGCAGAGCCUGGGAGGGAUUCCUUUCUACCCCGGGAUCACCCUCCAGACCUGGCAACAAAACAUUCCCAACCACCUGGUAGCUGUUGACCGUGCUGGGCUGCCCCUGCACUUCUUCAUCAGCCCUGACAUGCUGCCUGACUUGCCGGGCCCCUUGGUGAAGAAGUUGUCUAAGGUAGUGGAGAUGGCUGUGAGACGCUACUACAUGUUCAACACCUACCCUGGCUGCACAGAUGUUAAUUCGCCCAACUUCAAUUUCCAGGCCAACAUGGAUGAUGGCUCCUGUGAUGGGAAAAUGACCAACUUCUCCUUUGGUGGGGUUUAUCAGGAAUGCACACAGCUCUCAGGGAGUGACGCUGAUGUCCUCUGCCAAAACCUGGAGCAGAAGAAUCCACUUACUGGCAACUUCUCUUGUCCCUCUGGCUACUCGCCAGUCCACCUUCUAACCCAGAUCCAAGAGGAGGGUCACAACCACUUGGAGUGUCAGCGCAAGUGCAAGGUCCUCAUCUUUUGUAAGACAGUGUGUGAAGAUGUUUUUCGGGUGGCCAGGGCUGAAUUCCGGGCUUUUUGGUGUGUGUCCAAUGGCCAAGUACCUGAAAACUCGGGGCUGCUCUUUGGGGGCCUCUUCAGCAGUAAGAGCAUCAACCCCAUGACCAAUGCACAGUCAUGCCCAGCAAGCUAUUACCAACUGAAGCUCUUUGGAAGCCUCAAAGUGUGUGUUUCUCAGGACUAUGAGCUGGGAUACAAGUUUCUCGUCCCCUUUGGAGGGUUCUUUAGUUGCGAAGCUGGAAACCCCUUAGCAGAUCCUGCAACCUCCAGAGAUGUAGGCGCACCUUCCCUGAAAAAGUGUCCUGGGGGCUUCAGCCAACACCUGGCCCUCAUCAGCGACGAGUGUCAAGUGUCCUACUGUGUCAAAGCUGGGAUCUUCACUGGAGGGCCCCUGCCACCCGCCAGGCUCCCGCCUUACACACGGCCACCUGUCAUGAGUCAGGCUGCCACCAACACCGUCAUAGUGACCAAUACCGAGAAUGUCAGAUCCUGGAUUAAAGACCCUCAGACCCAGCAGUGGCGGCUAGGAGAGCCUUUGGAACUGCGCAGGGCCAGGAAGGACAUCCAUGGGGAAGGUGACGGUCUGUCAGGAUGGGCAGCGGCUGGUGUCACACUUGCGGUCACCAGCUUCUUGGCAACUGUCAUCGCCCUGGCCAUCUAUGGCACCCGGAAGUACAAGAAGAAGGAAUACCAGACGAUCGACGAUGAGAGGCAGAGCCUAGUUCCAGACAUCACCCCAAGUGGAAACACCCCUGCUAUGGAACAGGAGCACAACUCAGUUUAAAUUUCUUUGUGUGAAGUGUUUUACUUUCUCUGUAACCACAGCUUCAGGUCUGUCUUUCCUCACUUCUCUCUCUACUUCUGCCCUGCUAAGUCCUGAAGAGGCAAGUGCAACCAAAAGCAGGUAUGGUUUUGUAACCUCUUGUUUAGAUCUCUGUGCCAGGAAAUAAAUGGAGCCAUGCAGACAAGGUGGUGGGUGGGGACAGGGAACUGCAGUGGCUUUUAAAGCAGAAUCCACCCUGAGGACUCAUCCAUAAAGGGGAUACUCCUUUCCAGGUAUGUGUGUCCCCAGUGGUUUUCAUCUGGGUACCUGUAUGUAAAAAAUAAGAGGGGGAAUGGUGACAUUUGGAUAUGGCAAUUGUGAUUUUAAUCUGUGGCCUGCCUGGUUUGCGAUUUUGAAAGCCA